AUGCCCGAUCAGCGCCGCCGCGCCGGUGCCCAUUGCGUGACCGACGCGUAUCGCAUACACUCUCGCGCUAAGAAGGAGGACUCGCUUACUGGAGAGCUGAAGAUGCGCGGCGCUUCGCGCCCGCGCACCCGUGCCGGGUCGAGCCGAGCGAGGCCCGAGGCGUGGAAGAUGAAUGAAGCGAAACGACUUUAUGUCAGUGACAUGCCGUCUCGGCUACGGACCUGGUUCUUAAUACCAACGGCUGCAUCGCACUCGCCACAACAACUCGCCCUGUCAGCAAUUUCAUCCAGCCCAUUCCCUGUGAUCACGAUGCACUUCACUCGUAUCGCACUCAGUGUCCUCGCCAUGGCACUCGCUGGCAGCACCUCAUCGGCUCUCGAUGCACCUCUCAUUGGGAAACCAGUCGAAGACUUUCAAGGCGUCAAUACGCCUGCUCGUCGCGGUUGA